AAUUCGCGCUUUGCAGUUUUAUCUCUACUCCUCCCUAGUUUCAGGAAUCUUCUCCAUACGAACAAAAUUCGUCGCCGGAGAUCGGAAGCUAAAACAGGAAGAAAUGGCGUCGCUCGGUUUCAACCUCGGCUUCUACUUCUCCGAUGUAAAAAAUCAGCGGCAUCGAAUAGUUUCCGGAAGUGGGAGGGCUCGCGUUUUCUCGUGUAGCUCUUCUUCUCAAGCCUCUCCGCCGGGGAUCUCUGCCGCGACGCCUCCUGAGAUAGAGCUCGAGUUCUUCGGUCCGAAGCCUGGGAGCGAUGGGUCGUAUCCGGCGGAUAAAGCGAAAGCUGUGAGCGGCGAGAAGCUUCUGAGAAACAUUAUGCAGGAGAACAAAAUCGAGCUGUACGCUACUUACGGCAAAGUGAUGAACUGUGGAGGUGGGGGAAGCUGUGGAACAUGCAUUGUGGAGAUACUAGACGGCAGAGAUCUUCUGAACGAGAGAACUGAUACAGAAAACCGGUAUCUGAAAAAGAAGCCGGAAUCUUGGAGACUCGCAUGUCAAACAAUAGUAGGGAACAAAGAAAACUCAGGAAAGGUUGUCGUUCAGCGGAUUCCGCAGUGGAAGAAGUGAAUCCUAUGUAAGGCUCUAUUCGUUCAGCUCGUAUUUUUUUAAAAAAGAGCUGCCCCCAAAAGCCAUAUAUAUUAUUAGUUUUCUGUUUGUAUAUCUUCCUAAAAACCUCGACUCAACUAUGUAUAAAGUUAUAAACUGGAAAAGCUUUUGAAUGAACCAGUUUGAGAUUAUCA